UACAAAAGCACGGGGGAUUGGAAUUGUAAUUCAGUGGCAGCUGGCUCUCGUUUUGUUUCGGCUUGUGUUAGUAGCAUCAUUCAAAUCCAUCUCACCAUGUUCCGAUUCGCAUUGUUGAGUGCUAUCCUCGCCGUAGCGGCCGCCAGCCAUGCCUUGCCCCCGGUCCUCCUGAGCAAGACUCAGGUGGCCCCCACCCAGUUGAACAUCAUCCGCCAACCCCACUUGGUCACCCAGCCAGAGCCAGUUCUCCGUGACGUGCCCAUCCCGUACAAAUCUGUCCAAUACACCGCUCCCCGUGUAGUCCAACCUGCCCCAGUCGUCGUCAAGGAACCCUACCCAGUCCACCCCGUCGUUCAACCUGUAGUCCACGCUGCCCGCCAUGUUCCAGUGCCAGUAGCCCCUGCCCCAGCUGUCGCUUACGCCGCCGCCCCCGCCGUUGCCGCUGUCCCAGCUGCCCCUGUUGCCUACGCUGCCCCAGCUGCCUACGCUGCCCCAGCUGCCUACGCUGCCCCAGCUGCCUACGCCGCCCCAGCUGCAUACGCUGCCCCAGCUGCCUACGCCGCCCCAGCUGCAUACGCUGCCCCAGCUGCCUACGCUGCCCCAGCUGCCUACGCUGCCCCAGCUGCCUACGCUGCUCCCUUAGCCCCCUCCUUGGCCGCUGCCGCCUACGUCCGCUAAAUCAUCUCUCUCAGUUUUCCCAAGAAUCUCUCACAAAUUCACGUGUGAAUAGUGCGUUGAGUUGUGGCGGAAAAGCGCCGGAACGUUCAAAUUUUGACAUUUCCCGCCAUGGCUCACCGGCUGAAAACACGGAGCAAAACCUGCCGAUAGAAUUUAAAUCAAUGUUCCUCUGUUACUUUUUAGUUUUAUACGCUCUAGGUCCGUUUUUUAAAUAAAUGUUUUGUCCCUACCCAA